AUGUAAAAUUUAAUCAAGGAAUCGUAAAGAAUAUACUAAUUAUUUAUAUAAAAUGGACCUAAAUAUUUGGAUACAUUUGAUUAUUAACCACUUACAAAAUACACAAUAGAAGCAUUAUAAACUAAAUCUCUUUAAGAAUACAUAAAUAACAAUUUAACAAUGAACCAAGAAAUUUCAAUGUUACCUAUAUAAUUCUAACCUGAUAAUAGCUUUGCAUUUGCUAUAUUUACACUUGCACCAAAAAUCACUAUGCCUUUACAUGAUCAUCCUGAUAUGUUUGUACUUUCAUAUGUUUUAUAUGGAGAAGGUAUAAGAGAAGGAUGGAAUAUUAAAUAAUCUGAUUUGAAUAAAGUUAAUUCAUUUAAGAAUACUACUGUUAAAUAAGAUGUUAUUGUUGAAGCAGAAGAAUUACCAUCUCUCAAUUUGAAAACUGGUGACAUUUGUUACACAACUCCUAAUAUGUGUAAUUUACAUAGUNUAAGGUAAACCAGCUAAUAAAAAUACAGCAAUUUGUGCUACUUGCUUUUAAAAAUUUCCACUAAUUAAGAUAAAUCCAAAUUUCAUCAUAAUUUACAGAAAAAGCAAAAGUACUUAAGCAACUAUAUAGAUAUAUUUAAUUAAGAAAUGCUUAUUUUCUAUUGGGUAAAACAUGCAAAAGGUACUGUCUUUAUUAGAACUUCCUAAAACUUUAUUUCAUCAUUUCUCAAUUCCUAAAGAUCCUCUAAAAAUACUGAGAUAUCAUUAGGUAAUAAUUUAGAUAAGAUUUAAACAUUAAAUGCUAAGGAUAUUGUAAUUGGGGCUGAUUUCAAUAAAGAAAUGCAUUUAAUGAAAAUUUGUCAAUACAAAUUUACUCAUAGUAAAAAUCUUAGUAAUCAUCCCAUUGCUAAACAGUUUGUAUCUCUAAAGAUUUAUAUAUAUAAUCUCGAUAAAUUUAUAUAGAUAUUUAGAUCAUCUGCUUAAGAAAAAUCUUUUGAGAAAGAAUAGAUUCGUGAAUUUAAUCUUAAUUUUGCUAAUCUGGUCAUACAGUCUUAACACAUAAGAAAAUAGACCACCGUUUAAGAUGUGAAUUAAGAUAAAAGUUGA